AAAAAAAAAAAAAAACAAAUAUUUUUAACGAAAAAAAUAUUUUAUACAAAUUAUUCCUGUAAUAAAGUUAAAGUUAGUCUUUACUAAGUCUUGACGAAAUUAAACACCCAGUUCCUCCGUUUGCGAUUUCAUUCAUGGAUUCGAAUUGCAUCAUCCGAAGAAAAAUGUUAGUUACUCGAGGAAAAGCGGUUCGUGUUGGGUUUUUGGUAAUUCAAGCCAAUCUUAUUCCUGGAUCAUUUGCUGCAAAAGAGGUAGUACACCCCACUUUCUGGAAUAAGGGUUUUCAAAAACUGAAUUACACCUCUGGACCAUUUGGUUCUGUGUUCGGAUCUCGUGGCUUUACUUCUUCUGCAAUUAAGAACCUUACGAUCUAGCCCUGCAAUCGUGUUCGUCGUGAACGCUUUUCUUGGUACUCCGUUCCCAAAAGGGUCAAGUAUGUUGCUCACUGUGACGCAACCCAAGACAACAAGACUCAUUUGGGGGGUUUUGUAUCUUGGAUUGUUCGAGACAGAGAAGGAGCAAGAAAGAGUGUCGGAUACGAGUUCGAAGAGGGGGUCAAAGAUAUAAAUGUGCUGGAGCUUUUGGCCAUAUUUCGCUUUACAUCUUCUCGGCCAACCCUUCCUGGGAAAUAUCUUAUUUGUUCUAACUCCAGUGCUACUGACAGGCUAAAAUGGGAGACCUUAUGAAAAGAAGUUCAGCAUCUUAGAUUUAUCUGGAAAGAAAUUUCUGGAAUGGAAAGUGGACGCAAUGAUGAAUUUGAAAGCUCAAGGCUUGGAGCACACUGUUAAAGAAAAUAAAAGUCCCUCUGGUCAAACAACUGAUACUACCACUUCUGCAAUGUCUGUUGCAAAACCUGUUACUGAACAAGAUAAGGCAAAAGCCUUAGUGUUGUUAAGGCAUCAUUUACAUGAAGGCCUUAAAACUGAGUACAUGAUGGUUGAAGAUCCCAAAGAAUUAUGGGAUUGCCUUAAUGAAAGAUUUGGAUACCACAAAAGGGUGCUCCUUCCUAAGGCAUUAUUUGACUGGACAAAUUUACGGUUCCAGGAUUUCAAAUCUGUAAUUGAUUAUAUUUCAACCAUACAUGAGAUAGUGUCUAUAUUGAGAUACUGUGAUCAUCCAGUUUCGGAUGAACAGAUGAUUGAAAAAACACUCACUACCUUUCAUGCAAGUAACAUACUGUUGCAAGAACAGUAUCGUGAAAGAGGUUUUAAAAAGUUCAAUGAAUUAAUGAGUGUAUUGCUUGUUGCGGAACAAAAUAGUGAACUUUUGUUGAAAAAUCAUAACCUGAGACCAACUGGGUCUUUGGCCACUCAUCAUGAGGCAAAUGCAACAAAUUCCUAUCCACCCGAGUCAAAUGCUACAAGAAGAGGUGGACGUGGAAAUUACAAUGGCCGUGGAAAAGGCCGUGGAAAUUAUCGCGGACGAGGCCGAGGACGUGGUAGAAACAAUUUUCAAAGAAACAGUAAUUUUGAAAAUUUUGAAAAACAGAAGGGACAGUCAUCUGGAAGCCACAAACAAACUCUUUCAAAAGGAAAAGACACAUGUUACAGAUGUGGCAUGACAGGACAUUGGGGACGUACUUGUCGUACGGCCAAACAUUUGGUAGACCUUUACCAGGCUUCUGUAAAAGGCAAAGAGAAAAAUGCAGAAGCAAAUUAUGUUAAUGAAGAAAAUGCUCCAUGUCCUACCCUUGAUGUGUCCGAUUUCUUCAUGGACAAUGCUGAAACUGGGAAUGAUUUCAUUCUUGGAGAAAACAACAAUGCUUAGGUUCCCCAUCUACUAAUGUAAAAUAUGCUAUGUUUUAAUGUAUUUUCUUAGUUCCCUGUAUUUUAAAUUUCUAGUCAUGUACUUUAAAUCUUUAUCAUCAAUAAAAGUUUGUAUGA